GCGCCCUCUCUUAUACCCUUCAAUCGCCGUCGUGCGAUCGUGCUUCCGGCGACCCUAGCAAGCAGCACGCUAUCCCCGCCCACGUACUAACCACCGGACUCGCCGUGGCGCGCAUCAUGACAAACUCUCUCGAGUCCUCGCGGCCCAUGCUUGCCAACUCGGCCGCCAACCGCGCAUCAACCCGCAUGUCCACCUACAGCGCCACACCCACCCUCACACCCUCCAUCGCGCCCUCGCACCUCUCGCAAGCCUCGUCAACAGCCGGCGACCCAAAGUCACACGACAUCAAGACAUGGAACGCGGGAUUUGACCGCCUCGAAGACAAGCGCCUGGUCCAACAACGGUACGCCCUCAACGAGCGCAAGACAGACGACAUGAGCAAGCUGGCGCUGGGAGCAAAGCUGGACCGCGCACUCGCCCGCCGCAUGUCUGGUCAAGACGCUGUCUUCCGGCCAAAGGGCGCAGAGAAGAAGGAGAUUCAGGCAUAAGCGCGAAGAGAUGCGUCGCGAUACCACUUCUUUAUCCUUUCGUUACAAAGAGCCAUGAUUCGAUAGCUGCUUACAGCCACAGCCGGCUAUGCACACGGUCAUAUUC